AUGACGUCUGUGGAGGACACGUCGAUUAAGCAGUGGAAGUCCAGUCGGAAGACGCCGGAGAUGGCGGAGGCGGUGAAGUCGGUGUAUGCGGAGAUUGCCGAGUCGAUGCCGUUGCAAAAGAAGAAGUUUGAAGAAGGGGUGCUUUCUAAGAUGACGGAGGAUGAGAAGAAGGGUAUUGAGGAGUCUUUAAAUAGGUUGGGUUUGACAUUCGACUUUACGUUAUGUCAUGUGCGAUACUUACCUGAUUUCAAGCCAAUUGAAUUGGACUUUACGGUUUGUUAUGUUCGACAUGGGAAGACAGAAGGGAAUACAGAGCCGCGCAUUUUCCAAGGGUAUUGCGACUAUUGGGAGAAUCAGUUGAACGCUACGGGUAAGAAGCAAGCGGAGGAGGCUGCGAAAAAGAUGGAGUCUACCUUGACAACGUUUAAGCCUGAUUUAAUUUUGUGUUCGCCUCUUGGACGCGCGAUUGAAACGGGUGCGGCAUUCUUUAACAAACACCCGGAGAUCCCGACUAGGGUGCAUUAUGGUGCUCGAGAACAGCAAUUUGGCAACUGGGAUAACGUACAAGUACAGCACCUUCCCAAGGAUGACAUCUGUCAUUUAUUUUACCUGGAGCAGAAUGCGCUAGUUAAGGCACCUCAGCCACAUGUACUCUUCGAUGGCACUAUCCGUCAAGAAUAUGACAGUGAAAACUUCGUCGACCUACUGCUACGGGAAGCCGAAUUCCUCCGUUCUGUCAACAACGAAGCCGAAGUCAAAAAAGCUAAAACUAAAGGACGACUGGCGAACGUCCUUAUAUACGGACAUUCUAUGGCCGGGGCCGCCAUCAGCACACUCCUUGGCCAUGGUAAGACCUUCAAUGAACAAGGCAGCAUCGGCUUCGAUGGCAAAUAUAUCAUGCCCAACGCUACACCCACUAUGCUCCCUGCCCAAACGCCUGAAGUUAAUCGGAAGUAA